AUGGAUGACAUGCGGCGAAAGGCCAACUAUUUGGAGAUGGAAGACCUCAAGGCUCCAGAGUUGCCACGGUCAGCUGAGCUCAAGCUCAACCUGCAAGCCUGCAGAAGGGGCACUUUCAAGGACUUGCUGUUGGAGCAGGCCGGCAAGGAUGUCUACAAGGCAGCCGCCGAGGUCUUUUCGAACAACCGAAGCCUUGUGAAGCUUGAUUUGAUGUUGCUGCAUCGGCACUGGCAAGACCAGAUCUGCAGAGGUUUGAUGCAGAACAAGCAGGAGAGGCGGAGGUUGGAGAAGAAGGACGCUUGUCGGCAGGCUGAUGGGGUCACAUGGUGA